AUGAUUUUGAGUUUCUUUUCAGGAACCACAAAUGAGAAGUUCCAGGUACAACAACCUGAGAUGUCAGUGACUGUAUCAACUGGGGACACACUCACCUUGAGUUGUACUGUAUCAGAUUCACUUCCAGAUGGACCCAUUUUGUGGUUCAAGGGGACUGGACCAAAUCGGAAAUUAAUCUAUGACUUCAAUGAAGGUCUCUUUCCCAGAGUAAAACAAAUUGGAGAUACCACCAAAGCUGACAACAUAGACUUCUCCAUCCGCAUCAGUGAAAUCUCUCUGGUAGAUGCUGGCACCUACUACUGUGUCAAGUUCCAGGAAGGAAAACCUGACAAGGAGUACAAGUCAGGUCCAGGCACCCAUGUAUAUGUGAAUGCUUCUUCCGACCUCUGA